GGAAUACGGUGCGACGAGGAGGAGCGGGAACAACGAGUUUUGCCCGGAGGUCCGACUCCCGGCCGCUUUUACUAUAGCCGCACAGACCCAUCGCCGCUUUUAUCACUCCGUUAGCCCCUCCUGUAAACAAAUGCACCAGUUAUCAACUCCGACUUCAUACUGUAUACGUAUAGGCAAAAGUGCUCCUGCAUUAUUGCUCCCUCAUAUCUCACCAUGGCGGCAUCACUGAACGCUUCAGUCUUGUCUCUCGGAUCAUCUCUUCAACUCCUCGACUCAUCCAUCUCCACUCUUGAGUCUGGCAUUAGCGACUUUCCCCGACUGUGCAAGGUCUUGCAAACAACCCGACACUUUGAGCUUCUCCCCGAGCCUACGGUCCGUGAAGCACAGCAAUCAUUACUUGAUGAAAUCACUCCCAGCAUCGGACACUUGCUAUCAUUAGCGUCAAACCACGUUGAAAAGCUCUCCCGUCGCGAACAAGCUCUCCGAGCAAAAGCUGAACUGCAGGAAGGCAGAAUGUACUCCAGCGAAAGCCGCCAAACCUCAAGCCGUAGCCAGAAUGCCUAUGGCGAUCGACAAAAGGCCAAUGCUGCAAAGGCGGCAGAGUUCAGGCGAUUGGUGCAGAAGAAGGAACGGCUGAAGUAUGCCGUGGAGAGAUUGGAGCUGCAGAGUAAACAGCGCGAGCGUCAGUUGAGAAAGAGCAUGGCCGCCCAAUAAGUCUGCACCCAUGGAGGGGAAAUAAUAGCAACAGCGCAGAAUUGUUGCAACUACGUCAUCCAUAUACGAAGCACCUGCCAUUAUAUGCGGUGAAACGACCUGAACUCGAUAAACCGAGCUCCAAGGAAGUAGGUCGCUGCCAUCACGGAGCAGCGUUGAGACUAUAUUUUGAGCAUACGUCUACUCGCUGCAUUCGUACCCACCGUGCAUAGUAUUCCUUGUGCGCUGCUAAUGUAUAAAGCCAAAGAGUAGUGAUGCGAAAAGUCAGUCUUUCGGUCAUCCCGUCAUGCGCCAGCAAACUGCAGGUUCCUCAUGGCGGGCAUCUUCAGGCCAUUGACAUUUUCCCGUGAAAAUCCGGCCACAAUUAUACCCGGUACGGCCUAUGGAACAUAUGGAGCUGCUGAUGUUACAUGUGAGAGGAAUAUUGGUCACAUUGAAAU